UGCGGAGGCCAUGGCAAGUCCGAGCAGAGCUGGGAGAUACCAGCCCAACCAAACUCCGCAUCAACCUGCGCAGCAACAUUCCCCGUCGGAAGAUGGACCCAUCGUGAUCGAGGAAGGCGCUCGAACCAACGUAAACACAGGCGACGUGGAGGGGAUGGCCAAACCACCGACCAAGUUCUUGCCCCAGUUCAAGUUCAUCCUCUUCAUGAUCUUUGUGAAUGUCGUGUUGUUCGUCGUGGAAAUCGGCGAGAACGGGUGGGCGUUCGAGGAUAUGAAACUGAACCCGCUGCUUGGACCGACGGCGACGGUGCUUCUGCAAAUGGGAGCCCAGCGCUCCGACUUGAUCUUCGAUGGCGAAUGGUGGCGCUUGAUCACGGCUAUGUUUCUGCAUGCAGGCUUGCUGCACUUGUUCUUCAAUAUGCUGGGCUUGUACCAGUUGGGCGUGGAAUUAGAAAACGCGUUCGAUCGCCGCCGCAUUGUCUUCAUCUACUUUACCUCGGGCAUCGUCGGAGCCAUUUGCUCGGCGGUGUUCGUUCCGGAUGUGGUGGGCGUGGGCGCAUCCGGGGCAAUUUUUGGGCUUUUUGGGGCCACAUUUGCUGAAUUUAUCCUGAAUUGGGCCCUGUAUGCCAACCGCAUUUGCCACAUGACAAACUUGGUGGUCGUGGCCAUUGUCAACCUGGCCAUUGGGCUGUUGCCGUAUGUCAACAACUUUGCCCACCUGUCCGGCUUUAUCGUACGUGAUUUCAGAAGAUUCAACUAUUAUUUAUCAUAUUGCAGAUUCAACUAUUAUUUAUCUUCGUUUCAAUUUAGACGGGGUUGGGUAUGGGGUUUGCCAUGCUGAGUCUCCCAACGAACCGCCAAGAUCGCUUAUUGAACACCCGGUCGCCCAGACAGCGACUCCUGGGCAAGAUUGGCGGCACAUUUACCUUUUUAUUCGCGCUGCUGUUUAUCAUCUUGCUGGCUACUCAUUCGGACGCGUCCAAGGCGUGCUCGUGGUGCAAGUACCUGGACUGCGUGCCGGCCCCGUGGUGGAGCUGCGACACGUCUGGAGGCCAGUGCUACGGCCACAAGUUCACCAACGGCACCCUUAUCGUCACAUGCCCCGGAGGCCGCAACGUCAGCGCUCCCGUCGGAAGCGACUUCACCGCGGCCGUGUGCUCGUCCGUGUGCACGUAAUUUAAACCAGUAUCGACCGCACACGGUUGAAGUCUUGGUUUUUGAGGGCUCGGUGUGAUGGGAUUAGUCGUAGUGGUCCGUAGUACUCGGUAAGCUAGUCUACACUACGCAUGAGGUUAAUGUACAAGGUAUUGUGAAUUCGAAAUAAACUUGCAAAAUUCGCC